AUGAAUUGUACAAAUUGUAAAAUUGAUAAAUUAUCUCGAGAGUUUCCAGCUGAUACUAUUGGCAAAAAGUGCUUUCACAUGCCGAGUUUUUGUUUACGGUGUAUAAUAGAGAAACUUGAUGUUAAAAAGUCAAAUAAAAUUCAACCAAUUUGUCCUGAAUGUAAAGGACAUCUUACAGAUCAAGAAAUUAAAAAAUUAAAUUUGGCAUGGGAAAAUGCACCAUUUAAAAUUGAUCUUUGGAAAUCAUCGACAAAUACACCAAAAGAUAAUCUGAAAAUUAAUCUUGAAUUUUAUGUGGUAUUAUUAAAUGGUACAAAAUUACAGUUUAGGUUGGAUCAGAUCAAAACUGUUGUGGCUUUAAAAGAAGCCAUAGAGAAACAAACUAAUGUUGAAGUUAAAAAACAAAGAUUAAUUUAUAAAGAAGUUGAGUUACACACUCAUUCAAGAAGUACUCCAAAUAAAUUGUCCGAAUAUUCAAUAGUAGCCGGAAGGAGUUGUCUUUGGAGAAUUUUUGACUAUAGCAAGAAAAUGUUCGGUGAUAUUCCUCAUAUGUCACAUUCUGGUGACGUUUUGGACAGCAACAAAAAGAGAGGACAUCAUCGUAUUACAGCAAAUUUAGGAUUCAUGCCGGCAACGGUUACAAAAUUAUACUUCGUCCUAAGUUCAUUUGGUUCUCCAGACAUUGGGUCUUUUAAAGAUCCUUCGUUUAAAUUAUUUGAUCCUACAAAUCCCAAUGUACUAUUAUGUUCUUAUACUUUAAAAUCUGCUGCUAAAUCACGAGCUGUUAUAAUUUGUGUAGUUGAAAACGGUAAUUGGAAUAUAUUUGAAAUUGGCAAAUUAUCAGACGGUUACGCAGACAAUUAUACACCGAUCACGAAUACUAUCAAAGAUAUGA